CUCGACGGCGCCUCUAGCCGCUCUCCCCCGCGGCCCCCGCUCCGCCCGCCCGUGCGUAGUGGCCGGUGACUGCUUCUCGGCGUGCCCGUCCAACCCGGAAGCUCGACGACCACAACUAUGAUGUGGACUUGCAGUAUUGGAUAAGUUUAUCUGCUUCCCACCACCCCACUCGCCGCCGCCAGGAGUGCGAUGGCUAGACGGCGGCGUGUGGCUAGACGACGCGACCCGUCGAGUGGCGAGAGAGCCACCGCCGUGGUGACCAAGAUGCCACCGUUCUCUUCCUCUGGCGCUUCUCUGCAGAAGCAGCAGCAUAACGCCAGGAGGAGGCAGCAGAUUCGGCAGCAGAGGAAGUCGCUUCCCAUCGCCUCAGUGGAGAAGAGGCUUGUUGAGGAGGUGAGGAAGAAUGACGCACUGAUCAUUGUCGGAGAGACCGGGAGUGGCAAGACAACUCAGUUACCACAGUUUUUGUAUGAUGCUGGGUUUUGUCAGGAUGGAAAAGUUAUUGCCAUAACUCAGCCUCGGAGAGUUGCAGCUUUUACUGUAGCAAAGCGUGUUGCUGAGGAGUGCAAUGAUCAGUUGGGCAAAAAGGUUGGUUACUCUAUUAGAUUUGAUGAUUCCACAUCAAAUGCAACGAGGAUUAAGUACAUGACUGAUGGUUUGCUUUUAAGGGAGGCACUUCUGGAUCCACUUUUGUCUAAGUAUAGUGUCAUAGUUGUUGAUGAAGCCCAUGAAAGAACUGUACAUACUGAUGUCUUGUUGGGUUUGUUGAAAAAAGUGCAACGUUCUCGAUCUAUUUAUGCUAAUAAGAAUGGGAAGAUUCUGCCUGAUAUACAAGAUCAGUCUCAAUAUUUUAUUCCGAAGGCAUGCCAGGGAACAAAAAUUGAUCCUCUAAAACUGAUAAUUAUGUCUGCUAGUCUGGAUGCCAAGUGUUUUUCAGAUUAUUUUGGUGGCGCUAAAGCUGUACACAUUCAAGGACGGCAAUACCCUGUUGACAUACUAUACACUUAUCAGCCUGAAUCAGAUUAUUUGGAUGCUACACUAGUUACUAUCUUUCAGAUCCAUCUGGAGAACGGCCCAGGUGACAUUCUUGCAUUUCUGACUGGCCAAGAGGAGAUUGAGUCACUAGAUAGACUUAUUCAGGAGCGUGUUCGUCAACUUCCACCACAGAGCAGUAAGAUAUGGACUACACCUAUUUACUCAUCUCUUCCAUCAGAGCAACAAAUGAAUGCUUUUAAGUCUGCACCAGCUGGAACCCGCAAGGUGGUUUUAGCAACAAAUAUUGCAGAGACUUCAGUAACAAUACCUGGUAUCAAAUAUGUUAUUGAUCCUGGCAUGGUCAAAGCUCGUGCUUACAAUCCUGUAACUGGAAUGGAAUCUCUAAUCAUUAUCCCAGUUUCAAAAGCACAGGCUCUCCAGAGGAGUGGUCGUGCUGGACGGGAGGGACCAGGGAAGUGCUACCGAUUGUUCCAAGAAAGUGAGUUUGAUAAGCUGGUGGAUUCCACCGUGCCUGAGAUCAAGCGGUGUAACCUUGCAAAUGUUGUACUACAGCUCAAAGCUCUUGGAAUUGAUGACAUCAUAGGUUUUGAUUUUAUCGAGAAACCAUCAAGGACAGCUAUUUUGAAAUCAUUGGAACAGUUGAUUUUACUAGGUGCUCUGACUGAUGAUUAUAAGUUGUCAGAUCCAGUCGGUCGUCAGAUGGCUAGGCUGCCUUUGGAUCCAAUGUACUCCAAGGCUCUAAUAGUAUCAAGCCAAUUUAAGUGCUUGGAAGAGAUGUUGAUUGUUGUCUCUAUGCUUUCAGUGGAAUCUAUUUUCUUUACCCCACGUGAUAAGUUAGAAGAGGCAAGAGCUGCCAGGAAGAGUUUUGAAAGCUCCGAAGGGGACCACAUAACCUUGGUGAAUGUAUAUCGAGCUGCUGCAGAAUGCUUGGAGAAGAGCAAAAAUGCAAAUGCCAAAGAAAAAACAAUGGAAAAGGCAUUGCAAAGAUGGUGCAGGGAAAACUUCAUCAAUUACCGUUCUCUAAGACAUGCUCGUGAUGUUCACAGCCAAAUUCAGGGCCAUGUCCAACAAAUGGGGUUUAACCUAUCAUCGUGUGGGGAUGACAUGGUUCUGUUUCGGAGAUGCCUCACAGCUGCUUUCUUCUUGAAUGCAGCAAUGCGACAGCCAGAUGGAUCUUACAGGGCCCUAGCAACCAGCCAGAGUGUGCAGAUCCAUCCUUCAUCAGUGCUUUUCCAAAAGAAGCCAGAUUGUGUCAUCUUCAACGAGUUGGUUCGUACGAGCCAGAAUUACGUCAAAAACCUGACCCGGAUCGAUCCCUUGUGGCUGGCUGAACUCGCCCCGCAAUACUACGCUACAGAGGACUAAUUUUGAUCAGGACUAAUUUUGAUCUGCUGCCGUAGCUCCCUGUAACCUUGUAGCACUAGAGUGUUUAGUGCUUAGUGUGUACUCUUGUCCUGGCAUUGGUCACAGGUGAGGUCAGCAUGGCGUUCGAAGCUGUAAAACAUCCUUGUCCUGCUUAUACUCUUUCUUUGAAAGAAGCUAGUCACAGUUUUGACC